UGUCAUACAGCCUUGUGGUAAGAUGAGGCUACAGUAAGAUGUACCUUAAACAAAGUUAAUGCUUUGUUGGAAAUAAUAUUCUAAAUAAUGACAUGGACAUGGCUGGCAUACUGCUACUGCAACUAUAGCGUGCAUAUCAGGACUAGUACCCAGUAUGGAUUCAACAGGAAUAACACACCAAUGAGGAACACCAGCAUGAAGGGAUGAUAGCAAGCAGUGUAAACAGUGUGAAGCAGAUUGGUGCAGUGAAAAUGGAUGAUGCUCCUGUUGAUAACAGGGAAUUUGAUCUCGCUCAACAUGACACUGACGAUUCAGAGCGAGAAGGAAAGAAGCACGUACCCAUUCGCAGGAAUUCUUUGUUUUACCGAUCCAUGAGGAGGAAACGACAUACCAAGAGUCAGUUUGAAUCAGCACCGAGACAAACAGACAAUAGCCACAAGACCAUGAAAAGAGAUGGCCUGCAGGAAAGACCAAAAGAACUAGGACUUGCCCCCAAAUCUUCUGAUUCACUGCCUUGCUGGAAAAUUCCCACUAUCACCCCACAGCACAUGCAGAGAUCUCCACUAUUCAGCGACAACCUUGGGUCAUCGGUACCAAAGAACCUUGGACCUAAGCAUUGGAAUAGUGGUGAAACGACAAUGCUGCCCAGUUACCAUGGGUCUCUGCCAGUUUUGGAACUGCAUGAGGUGCAAAAGAAAAAUCACGUACAAAGACCUUAUGACAACCAAAGUUGUAAUUUGACUUCAAACCCUGAAAAUCCCCUAAAGAAAGCAACUGGUUCCAUUCCAACUCAGGGUAAAGUUACUGGUGCAGAGACUUUGACCAAUGAUUUUGGAUCCUGUACUCUUGGAGAAGAAGUCCAGUCCCCUGAAAACACAGGUUUAAAGGUAACUUCAGUCAUGAAUAUUCCAGAGGACAACUCAAACAGAUUUCUUCUAGCAAGCUCACAGCAAAAUGGAAAUUCUCCAGUAAAUGCUUCCAUAACCAGAUUUAAGAAUGUGUGGCAUUUCAUUGAAAACAUAGAACUUCUGUACCAGGAAUAUCGGGAAAAGAGCACCAUUCAAGAAAUUGAGACAAGACGGAUGCAAGAUUGCACUGAAAAAGACAGGCCAGAGUUCACAGACGAAGCCAAGCCUCAGGAAGUAAAGACUGACGCCAGUGCACCUGUUCAAGUGAUAGCACAGCCAGUCAAACUCAGUCAGGGAACAAAUAAUCUGGGCAUGAAAUUAUGGCAGAAUUUAGAAAAAGUAAGGAACAGCGUGGUGCUGAGUACUCUCAGUCGCAAGGAGAUUAAACUCCAGGAGGCAAUGUUUGAACUAGUCACCUCUGAAGCUUCUUAUUACAAGAGUCUGGAGAUCCUAGUUUUCCACUUCAUGAAAUCUGAGCAGCUUAGUGAAGCACUUAGCCCUAUUGAAAAGCAUCAUAUUUUCUCCAACAUUCUAGACAUCAAAGCAGCCAGCGAAAGAUUCUUUCGGGACCUGGAGCACCGUAUAGAAGAAGACGUUGUUAUCUCAGAUGUCUGUGACAUUGUGUAUGAACACACUGUCAACCACUUCAAUGUUUACAUUCCAUAUGUGACAAACCAGAGCUAUCAGGAAGCCGCCUACCGACGAGCAAUGGAAAAUAAUCUCCAGUUCCGUAAUGUUAUGGCUGAACUCGAGAAAGAUCCCAAAUGCAGAGGACUGCCCUUUCCUUCAUUUCUUAUUCUGCCUUUUCAAAGAAUAACACGAUUAAAACUGCUGGUACAGAAUAUCUUGAAAACAGCAGAAGAAGAAUCAAAGAGAGAAAGCACAGCUGUGCAGGCACAUAAAGAACUUGAAAAGGUUAUCAAAGAGUGUAGCGAACGUGUGAAGAAAAUGGGCAGAACUGAGCAGCUGAUCAACUUUGAGAAGAAACUGGAGUUUAAAAUCAAGGCUGUGCCAAUCAUCUCUCAAUCUCGGUGGCUACUGAAGGAAGGUGAAUUGGAGCAAAUGUCAGGACAGAAAGCAACACGAACCUUUAGGAAGAAGAAACUGUUCAAGCCAGUCUACCUAAUUCUGUUCAAUGAUCUUUUCCUAAUAACCAAGAAACAUUCCUAUGGUGACAAAUAUGAAGUGUUUGACUACGCACUCCGAGGUCUCCUCCGGGUCCAAGAGCUGGAGGACCAGGGUCAGGCACUUGCGAAUAUAUUCAUGUUGCGACUUUUGGAGAACAACAAUGAUCGUGAGGUCCAAUAUAUGCUGAAAGCAAAAUCACAGAGUGAUAAGAAACGUUGGGUCCAUGCACUUGUCCCAAAUCGAAGAACAAAAUAUGUCUCCCCCAGCUCAUUGCAUUGGGAUUGUCCCCAAGUACAGUGUAUCCAGAGGUACACUGCACAGGAACCUGAUGAGCUCUCUUUAGAAGCUGCUGACAUCCUUAAUGUUGUGGACUGCUCGCAAGAUGGUUGGAUAUUAGGAGAUCGUUUGCACGAUGGAGAGAAAGGUUGGUUUCCCAGCCCAGUAGUUGAAGAAAUCAAAAAUCCACAACUCCGAGCCCAAAACAGAAAAGAAUGUUACCGAAUCUUUAAGGCAGAGGAAAGCCAUGGAAGUAAGAACAAAGAAGGAAGAAAAUUUACCAACAGAAAUGUAAUCCAUCAGCGGUGAUAGAAUUUUGACAUGCUUGGAUUUUUGACAGAUUUUGAAACUCCCAUCAUUCUGCAUGGCAGUGUUAACUGUGAAAUUUUACCAGAAAGUUGUGAAGUAUCAAUCGUUUUUUUUUAAUUCACAGAACACUACAUUUUUAAAAGUUACUUCAUUUGCACAGUAAAUGCAUGACUGAAUUGAAUGUUUUUUAACUGCAGAAUGCAGCCAUUAAAUACACUGGAGGGAGAUCAUUCUGACCUUUUUUUAACUGACAACAGUUAAUUCCCAACAAAGUAUAUUGGCAGCUAUGUUGAUAAUAUACUUGAAUUGGUUAAGUUUUGCUGUACUUGGGUAAUGUUUGAAUGGAAAGAGUUCAGAGGAUGAAUUCUAAUAUGAAGUAUGAAAAGCUCCAAAUAGAAUCCCAAUCUUGAAGAAUCCAGGAAGAAUUACACUCCGUGUUGUGUUUAAAUGCUGUAAAUCUCCAUAUAAAUGGUGUAGGGCACCUGUGAAGAUGAAAUAGAUCUCUGCACCAGUGCAACAACUUUCCUAUAAAUGCCCACACAAUCGAUCAAUUAUUUUUAUUAUAUGCUUGACCAAAAGAGUCUUGAGAACGAAGUUCAUAUAAAAACAUUGAAAUAUGUAGAAUUCAGACAGCAAUACUUAAAAUUCCUAAUCUCGACCCAGGGAUUUUAGAGGUAUGUUAUCUCGUAAAUAACAAAUCAAGGCACUUUGCCAUUCACAGCAAACCAUUUCUUGAUGACCAAGACACAUCAAAGACACCUACCACAUCAAGAAUUAAAUCUGAAGCAAAAUGUCUAAAAUUUCAGAGUAAAUCCAGCUUGCAAGAAAACUGGUUUUCUUUUAAAGAUGAAUGAUGAAGGGAACUUGAUGAUAAAAGAUCUAUUUUCAUUAACCUUUAAUUUGAAGUUAUAGCUUACUUUGUUAAAAUGACCCAUCUCAAUUGAUGAAAUUUGGAAGUUUUUCUAUCAAGCUAUUAAAAUGAAAUGACCCAGUAAAAGGCAAAGGAAAAGUAUUUUCUUCAACCCAUGCAACAGUUUCUGUUCCCUCACUAGCAAUUCCAUUCCCCCUCCUUGAACACUGUCAGAUUGUUUGCAAUCGUGAACUUGCUGAUAUCUCCUCCAUCAUCAAAACUAUUUAAUUCCACCCCUGUAAUUUAACCUGUCUCUACCUUGCCUCAACCAGCCUCUUGCUGAAACCCUAAUCCAAGUCCUCAUUACUAGACUCAACUUUGUAAAAUAAAAUUCUCAAAAUUAAAUGUUACAAAAUAUACCCAAAAGUCUGCUGCCCUAUCUUAACCCAAGUCCUGUUCACCCAUUACUUCUAACGUACAUACAUUCAAAUUCCUUAUUCUGAUCUUUAAACUUUCUGACAGUUGAUGUGCUUUUCCUUUUCAAGAUAAUUAUUUGAUGGGAUUAAUAUUGCUUAUACUUAACCCAUAGCGUCAGUGAAGCAAUGCAUUAAGAAAAGGAGUUGUUGCAUACAUUUGUCAGUAAGUUGAUUUCAGGAUUUAAACUUUCUUCAGCAUUAACUGUGUCAUCAGAAUUUUACUCGCACGAACUUAGGUUGGAGAUGUACUUUAGCUCUUAGUUGUGUCAAAGUUAUCAGCUGCAUGGUAGUGUUAUAAAUAUAUAGGGCAGAUUUUCCGCUGGGCUUAAAUAAUAGCUUUAGCACCUAAAGGAUUAUCCACCCGUCAAUGUUCUGUCUUACAAACAUGGACUUCAUAUUGUGCCAUCACAGGCUGAGCUUUGAGGAAGUUUAAAUGUGCAGCAGACCAGAAGGUUCUGAGUUAAGAAAAAAAUUUGCAUAUAUAAAUAUUGUGAUUAUGGAUUAGUCAUCAAGUGGGUCUUAAAUAUUCAUGAGACAUAUCAAAGAAUGCUGAAUAAAAGAACAGAAGUUAAUGUUUUGCAUUGUAAAACAGUUUCAGCAAUUUGUAAAGAGUUUCAUCCACCAUGUGUUCCUUCAUAUUACACAACGGGGAAUUUCUGUAAUCUUAU